AUGAAGCCAUUUGAGUGGAAGCCAGAACAUGAGACCGUCGUCGAGAAGCUUGCUCGCACUAACGCGUUAGAAACAGACUGGGGCAACCUCAGAUCAAUGCUGAAGCACCUGAUUGAUCGCAAUAUAAAGGAUAUGAUAGAAGAUGUGGGUGGUAAGCAUGCUUCACCGCCGCCACCUAGGCCGAGUACGCCUACGUACAAUGCUUCGGCGGCAGCGGUAGGGCCACCUACCCCACCGCAAAAUGCAUCACCAUUACGAGGACUGGUGAUUCCUCCCUUCCCACCACGACACCCCUCAGAUGACUUGGCAUCAAGAAUCUUGCCAACUCAUAUGUCAUUCCAGGAGGUGUCGAAAAUGAGAGAAGAUCUUUUCCGUCUUCUGGAUGAUUUUGAAAACGCACCUUUCACCAUCCAGCGUAUAUGUGAGCUAGCAAUUCGGCCUCGAGAGCACUAUUCUUCUAUUGGAAAAUAUAUGCGUGCUUUGGAGAAAACCUUGCUUGUCACAUCAACAUGGGACGAAUAUCGCUUCGACACUUACACAGAGGAUCCAUCUUCGCCUGCAUGGUCAAACCAGCUUUCUAAUGAGGCCCUCUUGCAUGCAACAACCCCGAUAUUCAGCCCUAUCCCUUUCCUCACGCCGAACUCCGGUGCGCCCAUGGGAAGUUCCACAUCAGGCUCACCACCCCCGCCAUCCCCCUUGACGCUUGAUAACAAUCCAGACGUGCCAGCGACUCCUGAAGGCGAUGAGAAUAUCCCGCCGGCAGGAAUGCCCAUUUCUGUCGUGCGUUCUCUGCGCGUCGACGAACUGGAUAUCAAAGACGAGACCGACACAUUGUCAGAUUCACAAGCUUCAGACUCUCCUAUCACGCAGCCAAGGAUGUCUGAUCGACCUUAUUCCUUUUCUGCAACUACCACCGUACCCUCUUCCACAGGAGAAACCGCACGAAUAGGAGGACGAUCGCCACCACCGCUUUCAGAGCGCUUUGUUCGCUCUGGGACACCUGAGCCAAGCCCGGAGCGUGCCCGUGAAGAGGUGAAAAGGCAGAAGUUAGAGGAUUCUGCCAAAUCAACUACCGAGGGAGGUUUUGAAGGUGGGACGAAAGAAUUGGAUACAGCCUGA